AUGGCCCAGAUAAAUUGCACCCAGGUGUCAGAAUUUAUUUUCAUGGGCCUCACAGACCGUCAAGAGUUGAAGAUACCCCUCUUUGUGAUAUUCUUAUCCACCUACAUCUUCACAGUAGUAGGCAACCUGGGUUUAAUCCUAGUCAUUAGAACAGAUGCAAGACUCAGCACACCCAUGUACUUCUUUCUUAGCAACCUGGCUUUUGUCGAUUUCUGUUACUCUUCUGUCAUUACACCCAAAAUGCUUGAGAAUUUCUUGUACAAACAAAAUGUUAUCUCCUUCAAUGCAUGUGCUGCUCAAUUAGGCUGUUUCCUGGCCUUCAUGACAGCCGAGUGUUUGCUACUGGCUUCCAUGGCCUAUGACCGAUAUGUGGCCAUUUGUAACCCUCUGCUCUAUAUGAUUGUGAUGUCCCCAGGAAUCUGCAUUCAGCUUGUGGCUGUCCCCUACAGCUACAGCUUCCUGGUUGCACUAUUUCAUGCCAUUAUCACCUUUCGCCUCUCUUACUGUCACUCCAACAUCAUUAAUCAUUUCUAUUGUGAUGACAUGCCUCUCCUGAGGCUAACUCGCUCAGACACUCGGUUCAAACAGCUGUGGAUCUUUGCCUGUGCUGGUAUCAUGUUCAUUUCUUCCCUUACGGUUGUCUUUGUCUCCUACAUGUACAUUAUUUCUGCCAUCCUGAGGAUGCGUUCAGCUGAGGGCAGGCGCAAGGCUUUCUCCACAUGUGGCUCCCACAUACUGGUGGUCACCAUAUUCUAUGGGGCCCUGAUCUUCAUGUAUUUACAGCCAAGCUCUAACCAUUCCCUUGACACAGACAAAAUGGCCUCAGUCUUCUACACAGUGAUCACUCCCUUGUUGAACCCCUUAAUCUACAGCCUCAGGAACAAGGAGGUGAAAGAUGCCCUGAAAAAAGUCAUCGUCUAUGGAAACCAGGCUUUUGUGUUCAUGAAAUUAAGAAAGUUACUUGAAUAA